CGCGCUGCCGGAGAGAGAGAGAGCGAGAGAGAGAGAGAGAGAGAGCGAGACAUAAACUGAGCGUGAAGGAGAGAGAGAGAGAGAGCAUGCUGUAGAAGAGCGUGUUUCAGCGAACAGACGCACAGUUUGCAGGAGGAGAGCGGAGAAGCUGCACGUUUAUUUUCUCCCGAGCAGUUUUACGCACGGAGCUGCCUCUUCCACGAGAUCUUGUGUUAUCUUUUGCGCAAGAGCGGACUCUUAUCGGGACAGUAUAUUAAAGAGGAUAAUAUGGAAACAGAUAGCCUGCUUUCCUAAUCACGUGUGCUUUUACCAAGUAAAUGAGCAAGUGGGAGAGAGAAGUAGAGCAAAAGAUUUGGGGAUAUUUAUCGAGACGAAGAGGAAACACUCUUUUUUCAGUUUUUGAAUAGUUUUAUGCACGUGUUUCUGUUCGUUCCUGCUGGUUUAAACCAGUGAUUUUUACUUUGUUUGAAAUUUAUGAUUUUGUCAGCGAGGUAUAUAUUCCCACGCGCGUUGUGACUGACAGUGCUGCAGACUGUGCGCACUGCACUGGAUUUUUAAGCUGUAAAGAUGCGUUUAGAGUAAAUAUUGCGCUGAUUCCUGAUCAUUUUUGCGCAGAUUGGAAGAAGAAGAAGAAGAAGAAGAAGAGGAGGAAGAAGCACACACUGACAGAGCUUGGACAAAUGGUGUACAAAUAGUGUUCAACCAGCUCGAUAUUCUUGGAGAGCCCGGUGAACGCAACCCGGUGUUUGUGGUGGAUUUUUGGCACUACUUGUGUUGCGCUUCAAAGACGUUGAGAAGUGUGGAAAAGGACAAGGGAAAAGAAGGACUUUGGACUGCAGCUUUGUCUCAGAUAUACAGAAUAAAAACCACAGAGGAGGAGGAGGAGAAGAGGUGUUUUUUCUCCACAUCUAAGGGAAAAAGAUGGAUUUAUUCAUUUGGCUUUGUGGAUGUUUACUGGCUUUUCUCUCAGCAGUCACAGCAGAGGAAGGAGCGUCUGAGCCAUGCGGCGGCUAUCUAGAUGCCAGCGAUGCCGGUUACAUCACCACCCCCGGCUACCCACUGGAGUACCCUCCUCACCAGAACUGUCGCUGGGUCAUCACUGCGCCCGAGCCUUCGCAACGCAUCGUCCUCAACUUCAACCCACACUUUGAGAUAGAGAAGCUGGACUGCAGGUAUGACUAUGUAGAGAUCCACGAUGGAAACUCAGACGCGGCUGACCUGCUGGGAAAACACUGCAGCAACAUCGCCCCGGCACCGAUCAUAUCAUCAGGGCCUUCACUGCACAUCAAGUUCGUAUCGGACUACGCCCACCAGGGGGCGGGCUUCUCACUGCGCUACGAAAUCUUCAAAACCGGUUCAGACUGUUCCCGUAACUUCACCAGUCCCUCGGGUCUCAUCGAGUCCCCGGGCUUCCCUGACAAAUACCCCCACAACCUGGAGUGCUCCUUCAUCAUCAUCGUCCCCUCCAGCAUGGACGUGACCCUCACCUUCCUCACCUUCGACCUGGAGAACGACCCCCUGCCGGGCGGAGAGGGGGACUGCAAGUACGACUGGCUGGAAGUGUGGGACGGGCUGCCAGGAGUGGGCCCUCUCAUUGGUCGAUACUGUGGGACUAGGGUGCCUCCUGAGAUCCAAUCAUCUACUGGGAUUCUCUCUCUGUCCUUCCACACGGACAUGGCUGUGGCUAAAGAUGGGUUCUCGGCUCGAUACAACAUGACUCACAAGGAAGUCAGUGAAACUUUCCACUGUAGUAAUGCAUUCGGCCUGGAGUCAGGAAAGAUCACCGAUGACCAGAUAACAGCCUCGACAAGUUUCUACGAUGACCGCUGGCUGCCACGACAAGCCCGACUCAAUUACCAUGACAAUGGAUGGACGCCCAAUGAAGACAGCAACAGGGAGUACAUACAGGUGGACCUCCAUACUUUGAAAGUGCUAACCGGCAUCGCCACCCAAGGCGCCAUUUCAAAGGAAACUAUGAAGGCGUACUAUGUCACCACCUUCAAGCUGGAGGUCAGCACCAAUGGAGAGGACUGGAUGGUCUACAGACAUGGCAAGAAUCAUAAGGUUUUCCAUGCCAACACUGACGCCACAGAGGUGGUCCUCAAUCGGAUCCCACAGCCGGUCCUGGCCCGCUUUGUACGAAUCAGACCUCAGUUGUGGAAGAACGGCAUCGCACUACGGUUCGAGCUCUACGGCUGUCAGAUCACGGAUGCUCCCUGUUCAGAGCUGCAAGGCAUGUUGUCCGGGCUCCUACCAGACUCCCAGAUCUCUGCGUCGUCCAUGAGAGACAUCCACGGCUCCAUGGGGGCCGCCAGGCUGGUGGCCAGUCGUUCAGGAUGGUUUCCAAACCCGACACAACCCAUAGCUGGGGAGGAGUGGCUACAGGUGGACCUUGGUGUGCCCAAGAUGGUGCGUGGCAUCAUUACCCAGGGUGCAAGAGGGCUGGAAGGCAGCACCAGCGCUGAAAACAGAGCUUUCGUCAGGAAGUACAAACUGGCGCACAGCUUGACCAGCAAAGACUGGACUUAUAUCACUGAUAGCAAGACUGGGUUUGCUAAGAUUUUCGAGGGAAACGGCCACUACGAUACUCCAGAGGUACGCAGGUUCGAUGAGAUAGUGGCCCAGUACAUCAGAGUCUUUCCGGAGAGGUGGUCGCCUGCUGGGAUCGGCAUGAGGAUGGAGGUCCUCGGCUGUGACCUGCCGGAAACCACGACUGUACCUGACACUGCGACCCCUACGCUGCCCAGAGUGGAGCAGACCACUGCUGCAAUGAGACCUGCCACCACUCCGUCCCUGUCAGCUGUGUGUGACUUUGAGCAGAGCUUGUGCGGCUGGUCGGCUGAUCCCCAGUCAGGUGUGAGCUGGUCGCUGCACACCGCCAGCAGCAGCUCAACCGGACACGGCACACAUGAAACGAGGCAGGAUCUGGCGCUGGGAUCAGACAAUUUCUCAGGGAACUACCUCCACCUGGAUGCAGGAGCCCACACCCAGCGCAAGAGAGCCCGGCUGCUGAGCCCCGAGGUGGGGCCGGAGCGAGGCCCGCUGUGUCUCCUCUUCUACUACCAGCUGCAGGGCGAGGCUCAGGGGAGCCUGAGGGUCCUGCUGAGGGACAGCGACCAGGAGGAGACGCUGCUAUGGGCACUGAAAGGAGACCAGGGGCCUCACUGGAGGGAGGGCCGCACCAUCCUGCCACAAAGCCCCAAAGAGUAUCAGGUGGCAUUCGAGGGCUUUUUCGAUCAUCCGACCAGAGGCCACAUCAGAAUAGACAACAUCCACAUGAGCAACAGCAUCGAACUGGAGCAGUGUACACAGCCUUUCCCUGCCUUAACUCCUGGCAUUUCCAAUCCCAGGCCUAUGGAUUUCGGCAAAGAUCCUGUUUUCAAGCCCCCCAUCAAUGAAGACUAUGUCUUCCCAGGGUGGCCAUCCUCCUUCUCCACCCCCUCCUCUGCUGACAUAGACCCCUCCUCCGUCACCCUGCUGCCAGACAAGGACAACGCCUGGCUGUACACCCUGGACCCCAUCCUCCUCACCAUCAUCGUGAUGAGCUCUCUAGGCGUGCUCCUGGGCGCCGUUUGCGCAGGACUGCUCCUCUACUGCACGUGCUCCUACAGCGGGCUUUCCUCGCGCUCCUCCACGACGCUGGAGAACUACAACUUCGAGUUGUACGACGGGAUUAAGCAUAAAGUGAAGAUAAACCAGCAGAGGUGCUGCUCAGAGGCAUGAAGAGGAGGAGGAGGAGGGAAUAACUUUAGAGAAUGAUGGGGAAAGACACGUCCUGUGACCCCCUGCAAAAGUAAUUCUCUGUUUGGACAAAGAAAACACGAAAAAGGAAGCACUAUCUGUUAUUUCAAUCCCCAGUGUCCCCUACUUAAUAUCCUGCUCUGAUGUCUAAAGGGGGUAACAUUCAGCCCCCCACCAGUGGGAACUCGUGACAUUGAUCCCCCCUAUAUGCUAUGAGGCCUAAACUGAGGGAACACUUGACCCCAGUCUCCCCUACCCACAGUACCAUAUCUCCUCCGCCUGCAGGAGAGGGCCUGCUCGAUUCUAAAAGCCUGUGAAUGAAUGAAGGAAUGAAUAAAUGAAUAUGUAUGACAGAUCUACCAUAGAAUAUAACCCACCAGCCACUGGAAUGAAGCUAGGAAGGAUACAGACUACAGCACCCAUGACAAUCUGGACAUUUGGACCACAAAUGACAGCACAGUCUGGGGCGUUUGGUUAAAUGUCGGUAAUGGGAUUCUUAAUGAAGAUGAGAAUUUCAUGAACAUGUACCCAUGGCUGGUACUUUGCAGAAGGGCAAUGUCAAAUUUGUCCUCAUCGGCUUGAAUUUGAAUGUGGCCAACAGAGACGGCAUGCUGAAAUGAAAAAGCUCCAGCUUCUGACUGUUCGUGAAGACGCCAGUGGACCUUUUCAUGUGGGUACUUUUGACUGAAAUCAACACAUAUCAAGCGAAUGCCUACCCCCCCACCCCACCCUCCCUCUAAAGAAGUUUAAAAGAUAUCAAAUCACACUACUCAAAUGAAUCUAGAUUUCUAAAGGCAAAGAAGGAAAAGAGGAUGAAAAAGGACAUUUUCUUUUUUGUUUGUUUCUGAAAGUUUUAGAUAUGAGUUCUGGGACUUUCAAACGUCCAUUAGCCUGCCAUUCGGCGCCCGCUCGCUCCUUUGUCUGCCCUCGGUCUGCGCUUUGUGAAACCAGUGGCAUAGAAGAGUAAUGGUGACUGUUUUCGUUAUGUUUUAGACUUGUGUCUGUUUGGAAAAAAAAGGUAAAGAAAAGCCAGCUUCAGUUCGUAGCCGCCCUGUAGAGCUCUUACGCCAUUUUUAGACUUUCUUUAGCGUUGUGUUGGACUCCAUUGGUCUUAACUGUUACUUCGGUCCUUUUCUAUUUUCACACAUUUUCCAUUACAGAUUUUACAAAGAGUAGAGGAAAGGUAAAGGAAGAUGGAAGACAGAAAAUCAGAGGUUUAUCUAAAUCUAACAUGCUGUUAUGGAGUCGUGCUUUAGAUUCAGUAUUCUAGGGUUUGUCUUUGGUAUAUAUCUAUAUUUUUUUGCUUUUCAGACUGUAUGAUGCCCAAAUGAUGGACAGACACUGUGUGAACAAAAUGUCAGUGAUUGUUUUAUUGCAACCUAUGGAUUGCCAAAGAGCUGUGUUAUGUGCACAGGGGGUCUGAACAAGUGUUAAAAGAGGUCGAGUGGAAAACGGACUGAUAAAUCAUCCUGCCUUUUAUCCACCGCUCUUAGCGUCACCCCCCUGAAAGAAGGACGCUCAAAUAAAAAAGGAUGGAGAAGGAAUAAUGACUAAAUGAGGAGAGUGGAAAUCGUACCGUCGACUUUCUUGGACACACAAUCGAGCCUUAAGCUAACUACAGUAUACGCUGUAUCGGAGGACAGCCAUCAAGGAGUGCCAGUGCUGCUGGAGAGACUGAACAGGAGGACACACACACACACACACACAGAUAGACAGACAGACAGAAAGAAAGAGAGAAAGGGAAUUAAAAUGGUGGCUAUGUUUUCAUGCAGUCUCAUCAAUCAUCAAGCAAACUAAACAUUUUGUCACUUUGCAGCUGUUUCUCCCAAGAAUUACCUUCAUAUGCCUAUUUGGCUUCAACUAAAUGGUGGAAAUUUAAAGGUACUCUGUGGAGGUUUUGACCACUAGGAGCGCUAAUGAGCAAUGUUUCUGAUUUGUGUGUAUCUGGUGCAUGCACAGAGCUUGCAGCAAUGUUUUUUUACACUAUUCCACUGAUUGAUGGCUUGCAGCAGUAACAUAACAAAGCAGAACACCAUACGGAACCAAUAAGAGAACAUGGGGAGAAAAAAAUAUAUUGGUGAAAUAAGCAAUACUUUUGCAUUCUCGGUUCAAUGUCCUUCUGCUUCAUUAAGCAGAUUCAGCGUGUGGACAAUGAGUGAAAUGAAACGAAUAGCCGAUUCCUCAGAGUAGACUUAAUCAUGGUCCUAUUCCACACACCUUGCUCACUAAUAAUAGAAUCUCACCAUGUCUCAAUCCAAGCAUGAUUGAGAACUUAAUUGAAUUGUAUAAAUGAGUCAUAUUCCUUAAUUUAUCUGUUCUCUGCAGACCGUUUCCUCAUUUAAACGUGGGUCUCACGUUAUAACAAUAAAGGCGAAGAUAUCACGUAAUGUGAAACAAUAUAUGCUUCACUCAGCGGCCAUUCGUACCACAGCACUACUUUAGAUCAACAUUUAGGCAGCAGCUCACAUUACUGGAGUAAAUCGACUAUUUCUCCGGAGAACGCAAAAGUUUUGCAAGUGAACAACAAAGUUUCUGGGGAUUACCCAACAGUAUUUAUCUUCCUUUUUCUCCACCAUGUCCCCACAGGGGGAAAAGCUUUGCAAAUGUUUUUAUGAAGAUGCCAAAUAUACACAAUGUGUAAACAUCACUUUGUAUGUGAAAACUCCACAGGGUACCUUUAAUGAGGACAUGUGAACAAAGUGCUUAUGUUAAACAUAUCUGCAACUUUGAUGUGUUUUUCCUACAAUAUACACUUCUGACAACUAAAGAAAAUUCAAGUUUUUAUGGGGAUGGAAAGACAACUUAAUUUGUGAAGUUUGGGGAAGGUUGUGGACUUAAGUACAAACUUGAAUAUGGCAUGAAAUCUUUAUUUUUGCCUGUGCUUUAUGAAUUCUGCGCUACUUCCUACAUUAGAGUAGCUAGUUAACAUUACUAUUUCAAAUCAGCUGAAAAUGAAAGUAAAUCAUGGGAGAUCAUGGUUGCAUUAUGGUGACAAUUUUAAUGGCAACAUACCACACAGCAGCAGAAAACUUCAAACUUUCUGCAGCUGUGGUUGGAAACAUGAUUAACUUGUCAUCACAGUUAAUUAAAGAGUGAGAGAUUCAUAUGGAAAAAUCCCUCUGAACAAUUAGAGUUCUGACUGAUAGACAGGUGGUUCUCUGCAUGGAAACACAUCCACUGAGAUCAGCACACAAACAAACAUAAAAUGAGAUGUCAGCGGGACAGGUGGAAGGUGAGAGAGAGGGACACAAUCACCACAAUGAGAGAAAAACAACAAAUAAAGACACAACAACACAAAAGACACACCUAGAGUGACCUAGACAGAAAUCUUGAAAAAUGUAAUUGGAGGACCAGACGCUGUCCUCUCCCUGUCUUCUUUGUGUUUUCCUUUCUCACCCUGCUCAGCCGCAGCAGUCGAAGGUCAAUCCCAGGAAGUCCUUUUGUGUUUUUUUCUCAGCCUGUAAAGUUGCUGUCCUCUGGGGGGUAAAUUGAAAGAGCAAACGCGAGGAAGAAAAAGAGUGAAAGAUGUCACACUUGUUGCCUCCAUUCUCUUCUUUUUUUGUUGUCGUCUUUCUCUGUCAUCUCUUCCUGUUGGAGGGCAUGCAUGGAAAAAACCCACAAGAUGAAAUAAACAAUGAAAAUAGGGAGAUAAUCAAAAGGUGUUGAAAGAUGGUCAUAGAAGGAGAGAACAUUAGAGAGAGAUGGAGGGUUUCCCGUCCAUUUAACUGCGUUUUCAUUGGACCGUUUUCCAAGUGCCUUGGAGCUCUCUUAUUAUGUCUCUCUAUCUCUCUCUCUCUCUUUCUGUCCCUGUACUGCUGUCUUACUCUUACACAUUAAACAGUGAGUACAUUGGGAGACUUUGUGUGCCAAUGGUGACAAAUGAACACACAAUCAUGUAAACACACACACACACACAUACACGUCUGACCUUUUGUCCCUCUCCCUCUUUCUCUUUCUUCUGGAAGUCCAGAUAGUAUUACCUCUUCUGUCUCGAUGGAUACACACAUAAACACACUCAGACAAAUGCACACUACAUUAAGACACACAUACACACACACACACACCUACGGCACUGGCCAGAUAACUCAAACUGUUGUUUGUAGACUUUGUACAGAAAAAUUUCUUUUUUAAUGUUAUUAUUAUUAUUUAAUAAAGGCUAAAUAACAAGUGA